ACUCUCAUUAUGAAUAUGACUGGUACUGAUGUGGAGAAUGUACUGCUUUGCUUUCCACACCAGCCUGACUCAUGUCCCAAAGUACAGCGUUUGUCUGCGAUUCAGGUGCUCAUGUACAUCUUAAUGCUGCCUACAAUCUUCAUGACUGUGUUUGGGAAUCUUCUGGUCAUCAUCACUAUUUCUCAUUUCAAACAGCUGCAGUCUCCAACUAACCUCAUCAUCCUCUCCCUGGCCCUGGUGGACUGUAUGAUGGGAUGUCUGGUCAUGCCCUUCAGUAUGGUGCGAUGGGUGGAAGGAUGUUGGUUCAUGGGUGACAUGUUUUGUAAAAUUCACUCUGGUAUGGAUAUGACCUUGAGUAUUGCAUCAAUUUUACACCUGUGUUUGGUAUCUAUUGAUAGAUAUAUUGCUAUUUGUGAGCCUUUGAAAUAUCAAAUGAAGAUGACAAACACAAUUGUGGUAUUUUGUCUGACUGUCAUAUGGCUAUUUUCAUUAAUGUUUAGCUUUGGCAUUGUGGUUUCCAAAGUUAAUGUGCAGGGUUUGGAGACACUUGCCAUGUCGAAUACCUGUCUCGGAUUCUGUGCUUUGACUUGCAACAAACAAUGGACUGUUAUAACUUCACUUCUAAACUUUUUCCUUCCAGGCACUAUCAUGAGCUCUCUUUACUUGAAAAUCUUCUUCGUUGCACGAAAACAAGCUAAAGUGAUUUGUGAGGGCAUAGCCGUGAUAAGGUCGAGGGAGGCGAAAGGACAUUAUUCAGAGCAGAGAGAGAGGAAGGCAGCCAAGACUUUGGGUAUUGUCAUGGGUUUUUUCCUUCUCUGCUGGCUCCCAUAUUUCAUGACCAAUUUGAUUGACCCCUUCUUUAACUUCAUGACCCCUGCUGACGUUUUUGAUUCUCUGAUAUGGUUAGCUUAUUUUAACUCUAUGUGUAAUCCUCUAAUCUAUGGAUUUUUCUACCCACGCUUUCAGAGUGCAUUUAAGAUCAUUUUAUCAAGAUAUUUUCACCUCAAUAACACAAAUAAUAUAAAUCUUUAA